AUGUCCUUAAAGGUUUUUUUUCUUCUUUUUUCCUGCAUCCAGUUUGUUCGUUCCCAGCAUGGUACUGUGGGCCGACCUUGUGAAGUCUCCACUGAUUGUAAUACUGGCAAUUAUUGUGCCGGAAACAAACGUUGUGCUUGUCUGACCACCUAUGUGGAGAUUGAUUCUUAUUGUUGGAGAAGUAAGUAUGGAUGACGUCAUCCGCGGGUCAAAAUGUAAUUCGAGAUUCAUUGCUUUAAAUUUGCAGAGAUUAAUCCGGGAGAAUCGGGAUGCACUCAGAACAGACAAUGCGAGGCCGUUUGGCCUGGGGCAUACUGUAGAUCGGGGGAAUGUCGCUGUGCCAACAAUCAGCCGCCUUUCCGAACCAGAGAUGGAUUGGUCUGCUUGAAUUAUGGAUUCUGUCCGUUGAAUGGAAACAAUCCUAAAUUCCGAAUAGAAAAUCAGGUACCCGUCUGUUUUGAUAGCAGAAACCUCCAUUUGAUAUUUUAAUUUUAUUUUAUUUAGGUCCAACAAUGUUACGGAGGAGCUGAUGCUACAUGUGAAGCCAUAGGAGCUUUGGCCUAUGAUUGUAUUUGUGACAACGACGACUGCACUGUAAAUAAUCCUAUCAGUUUCUGUUGCCCGUCUCGAGGUAAUUCUUUUUUUAUAUUUAUUACGCUUUCCCAAAAGUGCGUAGACUUUUUGUCGCGGGGCCCCACCGCGCUCCAUACAAAAACCCCCGUUUUGCACUGUAGUAUACAUAGUAUGAACUAUAUGAUACAUGAUAUCAAAUGGAUAGUAUAAUCUAAAUGUUUUAGCCUUUGCUUGCAUCCAGCCCCCGAAUGAAGGGUAUACUCCACCAGGUGGAGGGACCACUUUGAACCAUUGGUAUCACGACCCUAUCACUGGGGAAUGUCGAGAAUUAAAAUAUCAGGGGUACGGAGGGAAUGCGAAUAACUUCCAGACCAAAGAUCACUGCGAAAGUUACUGUAAACAGAGUAAGUUAUAGCUGAGAAGGGUGGCUUAAUUGUAUUUAGCAUGUAAUCGAGGACUUCCCUUAUACCGAGAUCGAACAACCGGUGUCAAACAGGAGCCAGUGUAUUGUCAGGGGAACGACAAUGGAUGCAACAAUCCCAAUUACAUGUGCACCACCAUGGGGACCCUACAACAAUGUUGUCCCACAUCUUGUAAGUUUAUAUUACUUUCACGGUAAAGUUUCUGUACUAUAUUGUCUUUUAGUGCACAUUUGUAGUAGAAAUGGAGCUAUCCCGACAGAAGUUUACAAUACUGCCGGAGGGCUUCCGUCUGAAUAUUUUGAUGUUGGCAUCCCUGAUGGCACUGGUAACACCUAUCCCAGAUUUUAUUACGAUUCCAGAGAAGGAAGAUGCAUUCAGUUUUCGGUAAGUGGAAUUAAAUUUGGAUUGUCUGCCUGUAGAAUCCUUAAAAUAAAAAAUGUUUUACAGUACCUUGGCCAAGGAGGAAACUUUAAUAAUUUCCUAUCACAAGAUCACUGCGAAAAGUUCUGUUCGAGAAGUAAGCCUUUUUGAAAUUUAACUUUAAAUUUAGGAUAAUUUUUACAUACUUUAUUUUAUUUAAAUACCAAUCAUUAUUGUGUAUAUUUUUAGUCCUAUGUCUUGCCGGAGAACCUUUGAAAGAUUCUAGUGGAGAGAGGAACAUGGAAUGUUCUCCCACUGGAAGCGGAGCCAACUCUUGUCCGACCACCCAUUCCUGUGAAUCCACUUCUGGAAGCACAACUUUCGGCGGUGUCUGUUGUCCCCGACCACAAUACGUUUGUAAAUUGUCCAGAGAACAAGUACGGGUUUGUUCAGUAGUUAGCAGACUCAAAUUGUACAUCAUUUACACUAUUACCUUCAGGGAAAUUGCGGAACCUACAGUAACCGUUGGUGGUUUAACGCCAAGACGGGUAACUGCGAAGAAUUUAUUUAUUCUGGAUGCCAAGGGAAUGCCAACAAUUUUGAGACGUAUAAAGAAUGUCAGGAUUACUGUAGAGAUGCCAAGAGUAAGCACAAAACUUGUAUUGUAUGUUGUGUUAUUUCAUUAUUACUUUAGGUGAACCCCAAUGCAUCCAAGGAACAGCCCUGACGGAUUCGAGUGGAAACUUUAUUAUUUGUGGAGGUUCAAGCUCGAUGACUUCCACAUGCCCAGCCAAUUAUUACUGUUACUAUGACGGAACAACAUAUGGCUGUUGUCCAACCCAAGGUAAAGUAAUAUAAGUUUGACCAUCAUGGAUGCUUUUAGCCUACACUUGUUCUCUCGGAUCGAAAAGUGGUGCUGUUUGUGGUCCUGCAGUGACCAGAUGGUACUACGACUCGACUACUCGUACUUGUCAGACCUAUUCCUUCAAUGGAUGUGAUGGAAACUCCAAUAACUUUGCUACUCAACAAGAUUGCAAAGAUUACUGUAGAGUGGAGAGUUGUCCUGAUGGUGGAGAAGUCUGGAAAGAGCCGAAUGGAGCCCCUCGAGGGUGUACCACCAACAGGCAAUGUCCAAGCACACAUUAUUGUACGCCUGUCACCACUUGGACCGGGACUUUAUAUCAGACCAAGCCAUUAUGUUGUCCAUCCAAGAACUUUGUAUGCAGUCAGCCAAAGGAUGUAGGGGUCCGAUGUUCGAGUACGACCAUCACGCGACACUACUUCAACGCUGACACCAAAACUUGCCAGACGUUUGAAUACAAUGGAUGUGAGGGUAGGUGGAAGAAUGAUAUUUUUAUGAUUAAAUCCAGGUAAUCGGAAUAACUUCGCCUCCCAGAAGGCCUGUCAAAAUUAUUGUUUGUCCGAAGCAUGCCCUCCGGGCACAGUCGUCGCCAAAGAGACUGAUGGUCAGCGAUUGGUCCAAUGUUCGAAUCCUGGGGGUUCUGGAAGAGUGUCAGGAGGAUGCCCUGAGGGCUACACUUGUUACAGCAGUCCUCUGCUGGAUCAGAAUGUCUGUUGUGGGGCUAGUACAGAGCUGCAAGGUAAAAGCAAUCUUUUUGAAUGGAAUUCUUACCUCUAAAAAUGUUAUACUUGUGUUUAUAGCGCUUUGUCCGGCCACCUCGACUCCCUUCAUCUCUGCAUUAUCUCUCCAGCCCAUGCAAUGUACUCCCAAUGUGGACGGGGCGUGUCCGGGCAACUUUUUCUGCUGGUUUUCGACAACAACGACGGCAGUUAACGCCUUCUACUGUUGUCGAUCUCCGGAUUCUGUGGAUACUGCAUGUGAGUUUAUUGUUUUUAGUACAUAUUGACCAUCGAUUAUUAUGGUUAUCGUCUGAUUUUAGUCUGUCCUCCUCAAUUGGUGCCAGUUCCUGGAGAUGGAGGAGCCCAAUACAGAUAUUGCAGUCCCUCCGCGCCCAUAAACGAUGCCAUUCAAGGAUGUGGGACCAACAGACAUUGUCAAUACUCGACAAGUCUGGAGAGAUACAUCUGCUGUGGUCUGGAAAGUGAUGUCCGACUACCGAGUGAGUUUUUUUCAUUUAUGAUUUAUCGGCACACGGACAAUCGGAACCCUGGACAUUCAGGUGUGAACUUCCGGCCGUAUUAACCUCAGUGAAUUUACUUCCUUAAUACCUGAUUAUUCAGAUGUGUGUCCCCCUCAACCAGCCAAUCUUGUCCCCGUUGAACUGGCCGGUAAUUAUCGGACAUGUAAUCCCUAUGCUCGGAGUGGAACCCCUCAAUCGUGUCCUGAUAACUCGGCCUGUCUCUACACUGGUGCUGACAACGGAUUCAUCUGCUGUAGAGUGCAGCUUUCUUCGGGCGGGUUCUGA